CAAAAACUAGCUAUAGCACACAGAGAGACAAUCUCAAAACAUUCUUUCUCGCACUAACUCUACCAGCUCCGGACAAAGGAAGCUGCCUAAUCUCUCUCUCUCUCUCUCACUUAUUCCCUUUCUUGCCUUACCCUUUUUCUUCAUCAUCUUCUUAAUUCAUGGAUACUACAGCUCCAUGGCAACAUGAGGAAAGUGGAUUUGGUAUGGGAGAAUUAAUGGGGUCAAAUAACAAUAACAACAAUAAUAAUGAUAACAAUGGAGAUCAGAAAAGAUCAAGGCCUCAAGAACAAUUGAACUGUCCAAGGUGCAAUUCAACCAACACAAAGUUCUGUUACUACAACAACUACAGCCUCACUCAACCAAGAUACUUCUGCAAGACAUGCCGAAGGUACUGGACCGAAGGUGGUACUCUCAGAAACGUUCCCGUAGGAGGUGGUUCUAGGAAGAACAAGAAACCUAGUACUACUACUGCCACCACUACCUCGGCUCCCUCGAACAUCAACACUAUCCUCAGCCCACAAAACUUAAUGUUGUCUUAUAAUUCUGUUCAAGGCGGCCAAGAUCUUAAUCUUGGUUUCCAGUCUGCUGCUACUCCUGCAGCCAAGGCCGAAGACGAUAGUCGUUUUGGUAGUGAUCUUCAUCAUCAUCAUCCUUCUUCUUCUGGUGUAAAUGGUAGUACUAGGCAGCUACUCAUGUACCCAUCUGGGUUUCCUUUUCAAGAUGAGUUCAAGCCUAGUAGCCUUGGCGGUUUCAGUAGUAGUAAUGUUGAUCAUGGGCUUGGAAGUAGGUAUAAUAGUCCUGGUCACGAUUAUAAUAGGGUGGUUCAUCAAGUUCAAGAUCACCAUGAUAAUAAUGGUGGAACUAUCUUAUUUCCUUUUGGGGACUUGAAACAAGCAGUUUCAAACAAUGGUACUGAAGUUAUUCAUGAUCACCAGACUAAGGGGCAAGGAAACCCAACUGGGUAUUGGACUGGCUUAUUAGGUGGUGGAGGAUCAUGGUAAAGUUCGUUCAAACAAGAUAAUCUAUAUAUAUUAGCUAUAGAAAGUUUUUCAUUUUUUUGGGGGCUUUAUUUGGUUUGAUCUUCUAUUUUUCCUAUUAUUAGGGUUAAAGUUUGCUACUUGCUUUGAGUUUUUCACUAGUACUUACUAACAGAGAUAAUUAAUUAGGAUGAAGAAAGAAAAAAAAAGAAAGGGAAGUUUCUAAUUUGGUAUGUAGUAAUCUCUCUUUCAUGAGUCCCAAACUCAUUUCUGGCUCAUGUAUUAUUAUAUAUUAUUAUUACAUAUGAGGAGAUGGUUUUUGUCGAUAUAGAUCAACUUGUGUAGAGACAUUAUUAUUACUCCAUAUCAAAAAGGAGUAAAGGCCGGGUUUUUAUGUAAUUAGAAUCCUAUAUAUAUAUUUCUAUCAGAAAUGGAGCAUAAUGAGUAUUGCAUGGUUUAUCUUAA